AGCGUCAGUCGGGUGGCAACUGUCGAGCAUGUGCGUCGUUCCUCGUGCAUCUUAGUCGCGUUUUCAAUCGCACACAGUACGAUAUAUUGCAUGUACACCCCGGUACGCGAACAAACGGCAGACAGUUCGCGAACAUGUGAUUUUGACGGAGAGUACAGUUUGUUGACGCUCGUAACCGCGUGCGUGACAAGUGAAGGUUUCCCUGGCCGGAUAUAUCGUUACCCCACAGCAGCCUCGUUCGAGGGGUUGGAGAAUAAUGUUCUGAGCCGCGAGCCACGCACAUCAUGGUUGCUAAGCACUUCACGCAGGGCUCGAGCCCCGAGUUCGGUGUCCCUGACAUGACGGUGAUCAGCGACAUCGACGAGACGGGAAUCAAUCGGAAUCUCCAAGUCCGAUACGGAAGGGACCAGAUAUACACCUACACGGGAUCCAUACUGGUGGCUGUGAACCCCUACAAAGAGGUGGACUUCUACACGAACGAGUACGUGAAUCGAUACCAUGGACAGAAAAUGGGCUCCUUGGAGCCACACGUGUUCGCCCUGGCCGAGGCUGCGUACAGGUCGCUCCAGGACACGGAGAGCAAUCAGUCCUGCGUGAUAUCCGGCGAAAGUGGGGCCGGAAAGACCGAGACCACGAAAUUUAUUCUCCAGUAUCUAUGUUCGGUAACCAGCAACGUGGACACGUGGGUGGAACAGCAGAUUCUGGAGGCAAACACCAUUCUCGAGGCAUUCGGUAACGCGAAGACGGUGAGGAACGACAACAGCUCGCGGUUCGGAAAGUUCAUGCAAGUGUGCUUCGACAGCAAGUGGAUGAUCAAGGGUUGCAUCAUCCAGGAUUACCUGCUGGAGCAGAGCCGUAUAACCUUUCAGAGCACCGGGGAGAGAAACUACCAUGUGUUCUAUCAGCUGGUCGAGGCUGGCACGAGGGACAAGGAAUUCGCCGAGCAGUAUAAAUUGAUGCCAGCGAGCCACUACAAGUAUCUCAAUCAGUCCGGUUGCGUCAAGAUCGACGGGAUCUCCGACUCCAAGAAGCUUGAUGCUCUUAGGCUUGCGUUCAACGUGCUUCAGGUCGCUCCAGAGAUGUGCGAGGGAAUUUUCAGAGUUCUGUCCGCCAUCCUCUGGCUGGGAAACUUGAGCUUCGAGGACGUGGACGGUGAGAGGUGCGAGCUGACCACCGAGGAUCUCGAGAUCGUUGGAACGGUGGCUCCUUUGCUGGGGCUGCAGGUCGAGGAUCUCACGAAGGUGGUGCUGAUACGGCAGAUAAACGUGCGGGGAAACAUCACGGAGAUACCGCUGAAAGUACAGGAAGCCAGGGAAAAUAGACACGCGAUGGCGAAAGCGCUGUACUCGAGGGCGUUCGCCUGGCUCAUCAACCACAUCAACAAUUGCACGAAUCCCGGUCAAGAUAGCUCGAGAUUCCUCGGCGUCCUGGAUAUAUUCGGCUUCGAGAACUUCGCCGUGAACAGCUUCGAGCAACUGUGUAUCAAUUACACCAACGAGAAGCUCCACAAGUUUUUCAAUCACUAUGUGUUCGCGUUGGAGCAAGAGCUCUACCGUCAAGAAGAGAUCCAAUACUCCCAUAUCACCUUCACAGACAACACCAUGUGCCUGGAAUUAAUCGAGAAACCUCCACGAUGUGUUCUUAAGUUACUGACCGAGCAGUGCCAUAUGCCGAAGGGCUCCGACCUAGCGUAUCUGACUAAUUUGCACGCCGAAUUCGAGAACCAUCCGUGCUACGUGAAAGGCGACGAUCGACGAAAGUGGGAAAAGGAGUUCGGGGUGAAGCAUUACGCGGGCUGCGUGACGUACACCGUCGAGGGUUUCGUGGACAAGAACCGCGACGUCCAGCAGGAUGUGUUUUUCGACUUCAUGUCGAGAAGCACGAACGAGUUCGUGCAAGAGAUCACCGUCUACCAGGACCUGUUGGGAUGCACGGUGGCUCGCGCGAGCGGUAACACGACCACAAUGUCCCGUGGAACGUCCAAAGGCAAGCCAACGCUUUGCGACUCGUUCAGGCAUCAGCUGCAGGCGCUGGUAGACGUCCUGCAAGCCACGACUCCUUGGUACGCGAGAUGCAUAAAGCCCAAUAUGCAGAAGAUAGCGAACCACUACGACGAGAAGCUGGUGCUCGAUCAGCUAAAGUACUUGGGCAUGCUGGAUAUAAUUCGGAUCAGAAAGGAAGGCUUCCCUAUACACAUGGCCUUUCACGACUUCGUCGCUAGGUACCGGUGCCUGGACAAGGCUCGUUUGUCUCGUCCAGGACAAGAGAUCGAAGCUGUCAAGUGUCUGAUCAGUAGCCAAGGUAUACCCGAGACCGAGUGGCAAAUAGGCAAGAGCAAAGUGUUUCUUAGGAGCUAUGUUCACGAACCUCUGGAAGACUCCAGGAACCAAAUGGUUACCAGCAAUGCCAUGAUGAUACAGAAAAUAUGGAGGGGCUAUGUCGAUCGAAAGGAGUACAAACGCAUAAGAGAGGCAGCGUUGAAAGUACAGCAUGCUUAUCGAGGCUGGAAGCUGAGAAUCAUGUUCAUCAGAAAGCGUAGAGCAGCUAUUGUCAUACAGAGUCACCUGCGCGGCGUCUUUGCUAGGGAAGUGGCGGCAGCCCUGAGGGAAAUGAGGCGAGUGGACGAAGAAAUGAGAAAGAGAGAGCGACAAGAGGAAGAGAGGAGACUAAUGGAAGACAAGAAAGCACUGGAAGAGAGCCAGAGCGCACAGUACAAUGGUAUUGUCGGAAUGGAACCUGGGAAGGCGCAAGAAGAGAUUGCCGCGUUAUCGCAGAUGGCGGAACAGAUGAACUCCAAGAUGGCUGCUUCGGAUUUGCAGUCGGUGGACUUGGACAACUUGUUCUCGUUUCUGUCCGAUGUUCAGUCGACGAAGGGUAAUCAGAUCAUCGAGGAGAUCGGCGAACAAAUGGACGAACUGGUGGAAGACCUUGACGUGGAGCUGGAGACUGUGAUACAGCAAGAAUUGGAGAUGAACUCCAAGUCCGAAUCCAAAGCGAACACUCCAAAUGGUCAGGAACCACCAUUAACGCCACAGCAAAUGUCACAAUCGCAGCAAAGGCUAGCCUGUGGUAACAGCGGCAAGCUUGGUCAGCCUAGUCUUCCCGAACCUACCGAACCCCCUCCACCUCCACCGCCACCCGCUCCGCCCAUAGCAAUGAACGGAGAUUCCUCCACCGACAACGGAGAACCAAUUUACGAAUCCGUGUUGCCUCGAGAGGAGAACAGUCCCAGUAGUCCCAUCGUAAUGAACGGUAGCUCUGGAUCAUUGGUGAACGGAGAAUCCUGUGGAUCGCCUCCACCGGUGCCAAACAACAAGAUUAUCAAGGAACAGAUCGCUGGCAGUCCUCCUUCCAGACCAGAAUCUAGGAACUCGAACGGUCACCAUUUGCACCACAAUCAUCAUCAACUGGUGCCUCAGCAGCAACAGAACGGUCACGAACAACAUCAGCAGCAACAGCAACAGCAACAAUCUCAACAACCGCCCGUUGAACGCGAGCAAAGACGGAAAUGCAGAGUAGAGCGCAAGCUUCAGGAAUUAGAGGACAAAAAGGAACCCGAUAACGAAGUGACUUAUCACGACAUAGUAGAAUUCGCACAGAAUUACUUCAACAGCCACGAAAGAUCUCCCGAGGGGACGAUAAUGGCCACGCUCACCAGAAAAUCGCGCGGCAAGAGCGUGGAGUAUAUUCCAAAGUACGAAAUGGUCACGUACUACAAAGGUUCCACCAUUCCAAAUUCUCACAUUCACAUGUACGAUCCCGAUAACGUUAACGUGGCAUGUUCAGUCUUUAGGGAUCUCUGUAAAUAUACAAGAGGAGAGAUGAAACUGGAUCAGGAGAUCGCAACGAUUCAGAGCAUAAUCGGUUACGGUAUCGAACGCGAAGAGCUGAGGGACGAGGUUUUCGUGCAGUGCAUGCGUCAGGCGACGAACAAUCCUAACCCAGAAUGGGCGGAACGAGUCUGGUUAUUACUGUGUCUGGCGAUCGUUGCCUUCCAACCCAGCAAACUGCUCUACAAGUACUUCGUGUCCUUCCUGCGAAAGAACUUGGCUCUGGAAGGGAAACUGAGACAGUACGUUCAAUGGUGCGUGGAUAACUGCAAGAAUAUGAAAGCCUCGUGCAGACAGCAUCCACCGUCGACGGUGGAGAUCGCUGCCAUGAGACGAUUGGGCACUAUAGUUUGCCGGUUCUUCUUCCUGGACGGAAGAACCAAAGCGAUCGAUGUGCAUCCAACCGACACUGCCUCUGACGCGGUUGCUAAGUUAGGUGAAAAAUUGGGUCUUCGAUCGUUGGAAGGUUGGGCAAUUUACCAAAGCAGACCGGACGGCGAAGAGCACGUUCGCGCGCACGACUAUUUGUACGAUGUAAUAGCUGCUUGGGAAAUGAAACAAUGCAAGCUGAACACUGCGCAAUCGACGUUCUCGACAUUGAGACGAAGUAAUAAUGCUACAUUAGGCAGCGGCGAUAAUCGAUUCGUCUUCAAACGCAGGCUAUUCCGAAACACUCGAGAAAUAUCUCAAGAUCCUGUUGAAGUGAACAUGCUAUACGCUCAAGCAGUAUAUAAUGUUGUUAAGUGCGACGACUUUCCAGUAUCCGAGAAGGUCGCGCUUCAAUUGGCAGGUCUGCAAGCCCAAGUCGCUCUGGGAGAUCCGAAAGAUAACGAUCGCCUAGAUUACUACAGCGAGGUCGAUAGCUUUUUGCCUUAUCGAAUAAGUCGAGCCCGCGGCGAUGACGUUUGGGUGCCGAUAAUAGCUCAAGCGCAUAGACAGUACGGCGCCGGUCGCAAGGAAUUGGCAGCCAAAGUAUUGUAUCUAUCGUGUGUGAUGCAAUACCCACUUUACGGCACGACGAUGUUCAACGUCACUUAUCGGGGUUACUGGUCGUACGGCAACCAACUGAUCUUAGGCAUCAACUCCGAGGGAUUGAUGCUCAUUAAACCCGACGACAAGUUCGUUUUGUCAGAAUAUCGGUAUCAAGACGUGGAGAGCAUCAUGUUGGACCCCAGCGACUGCUUCAUCACUUUGUCCCUGCUUCGUCACAAUCCUGACAGUUCGCACAAGUGCUUCGUAUUCGAAACUGCGCAGAAAAACGAGAUAGGUAGUCUGAUCGUUAGUUACUGUCCAGCGCUGGCUGCAUGGAUCACGGAAAACGAGGUUCCCACUAAGAAGCUCAAGUGUAUCACUAACGAGGAUCGAAUUAGACUUUACCAUAACUUAGUUAACUGUCGAAGGACGCUAGUCGAUGCGGAAAUCCUAAGAAAACCUCAAGACUCUGGCGGUGGUUUCCUCAGGAAUACCCUUAGACGGCUAUCGAAGCACAGAAUAGAAAAGCUUAGGCAAGAGCACGGCAGCGCAACGGAUCACGGUGAAACCUACAAGGGAUUCCCGUACGCGUAUUGGGCGUUCAGCAGACAAGCAAUACCACAGAGCCUUUCGAAGCUACCCGACCCAGACGAGCAGAUGUCCCUCAGCGUAUUCCAAUUGAUUCUAACGUAUGCUGGACUAGGACAAAAUGGAGACACGGUUCGAAGGGUCGAGGACGAGCACGUGAACCUGAUACAAACGGUGAUGGAACGAUGCAUAAGAAAAGAGAACUUGUUGGGCGAAUUGUAUCUACAGUUGAUCAAACAAACCACCGAUCACCCCGAUCCUAAUAGUCGGGUGAAUCUCAGGCAUUGGGCGCUGCUCUCUCUAGCCUGUUCCGUGAUUCUUCCGCCUCAGAAGGUCAUUCGAAAGUAUUUGAUAGCGCACUUGAAGCGUUGCGCCAGCGAUUAUGUGACGGAGGAGGGGAAGUACGCCCGAUUCGCUGAAAAGUGCCUUUGCAAGACGCAGGGCACGAGGAGAAGGCAAUGGCCACCGAGCAGGGAAGAGAUAAUGUGCACAAUUAACCGUAGGCCUAUUUACGCGAGAUUCCAUUUCAUGGAUGGCCAGUAUCACGCCGUGGAAUUUCAUCCAUCGGCGACGGCUAGGGAUGUCAUGGAGAUCAUCAAAGCCAAGAUCGGUCUGGAAGAAACUGCACUGGGUUACGCUAUCUACGAAGUCCUAGGUCCAACCGAGCGAGCGCUGAUACCAGAAGAGAAAAUCGCUGACGUGAUGUCGAAAUGGGAACGUUACAGAACAGCGAACGCACAGCAGAACCAAUCGCAACGAAAACACGCACAUCACUUUUUCCUAUUUAAGAAACAUUUGUUCCUCGAUCAGUACAUGAACCUCGACGAUCCCGUAGAGAAGGAGUUAUUGUACCAUCAAGUGCUGCACGACUUGCGCGCUGAUCGGUUCCCUAUCACCGAGAAGGAAGCUGUAAAUAAUUUUCUUUCCAUGAUGCUGACAGCCUUGCAAGCUCAAUUAGAGCUAGGUGAUUGCGAAGAUACCGUGUCGGACCUCGAUUAUCGCACUAUAUCGAGCCACUGCCUACCCGCGAGACUGGUACCAAAUUUGUGCGUGGAAGGUGUUUUCCAACACCACCAAUCCCUAAGAGGGAUGACACCGCCCGAAGCAAAGAAGUCUUUCUUAAAUUUAAUUCAGUCGUGGCCGCUGCACAGGGCCACGAUAUUCGACGUGAUGCAAUCGUUUACGUCGAACUGGCCCCGCGUUCUUUGGUUGGCCGUCGAUCAACAAGGUCUUCAUCUUCUGGAACAUCGCUCCAGAAACGCUCUUUGUACCUACGAAUACAGCAGUAUUCUCAGUUAUAGCCCAGCUGUUAGUUGUUUGAUGAUUAUCACCGGUACCGAUAAGAAACAGAGCAAAGUGAUCUUAACGACAUCCCAGGCACAUCAAAUAGCGAAUUUAAUUCGCGAGUACAUGGACGUGCUGCAAUCGCCACCGGAAGUACCAAAGAGGGAUUCAGCGAUAGCUCAACAAAUAGCUCAACAGCAGCUGCAACAAUCGUCAGCCAAUCUCUCGACGACUACCGGUGGUCGGAAAUCUCGACCUGCUUCGGUACUGCAUAGAGGUGCUCCAGUGAUACAAUCGCAAGCUAGUUAAAAAGGUUAAACUAAUCGUUAAGUGCGACACUCCUCCCUGAAUUGAUACCGAUAAACUGCUUUCAUUUUCAUACCUUUAUAUUACACGUUUAUCUUUAAUAUUUUCAAUAUCCAUACUUUUAUACAUCUAUAUCUCUUCUAUCGUUCAAACGACAUUCUUUCUAAAUAAGCGAUCUAGGUGAUCGAUACGUUUCAAGACGAACCUAUUUCGGUAUCAAGUUGAUGACAAGGAUGUGUCCGUAGUUAUUGAUGCUUUAUUGGCAAGGCCUAUCAGGCGACGAAGCGCGAGAAUUGUCGCAACGAGACGACACUAGCCUAGGAAUACUUUCUUCCAAUAUUUAUUCAAUUAGCUUAGGGCUCGAGAGACGUUGAAAAACAAAGAACAUAACUGCCACCGCGGAGAGUAGAUUAGCGAAUGGACCGACCGACAAAAACUGCCAUUUUACGAUUUUAAAGCUGAAAAGCCUUCGAAACAUUUCUAUUUCCAUUUUUCUCCGUCAAAGUCGUUGCCUUUUUUACGAGCGAUCGUCAACGUUUUUUAUACAAUUUUUCCCAGUAUAUAUAACGCGAUAACCAACGAAUGAAUUGGUGCGUAUUAUUAAUGUCGACGUACGAUCGGAAAUGGGCAAAAUUUUAUUCGAAUAAUAAUAAUUCAUUACAAUUUCGCCCAUAUCUCCAUGCACUGUAUUCUGCAUAUCAUUUUUUAUCGUCAGACAAAAAAGGGUGAUUAUCAAAUUUUCAAUACAAUUUCAUGGUUGAUGCUAACCAAGUCUGUUAAUCGAGCUGUAAAAGCCUCGAGUAUCUUAUUUGACAGUAUAUUUUAGUUUAGACAAUGUCAAGGAUGACCAAUUAAUUAAUUCUAUACCCUAUUUUGCUUGUCUCGUUGAUCACUCUGUUCGAUGAUGCUACCAUUAUAUGAUAAGAGAUAAGAGAAAAACUUAAAGGCUUUGAAAAUCAACAUAUUGCAAUCGACGUUAACGUCUCGAAUAUUAACUUGUGCAAAAUUUAAACACGAUUAUACACACACGUUAUCAUUGUACUUAGGCACAAUAUUCCAAGUAUAGCAAACGAUUAUAUAACCAUUAACUCGUAAUUCGAAAAAUCUUCGAUCACAUUUUAAAUGAAAGUCAAACGAUGAUCGGAUAUUCGUUUUCCAGACAAUCCUUUCGCGCUAUAGUCACUUUUCUUGUAAGGCUUGACAAUUAUGGCAUUUAAAUCCAAACAUUUAACGGAUAGGGAAUCUUUGGUAUUAAAUAAACAAUAUCCGUGAUUCAGAUGCACGAUCGCAUCGAUCAAAUAUUCCACAAAAUUGCGUCCAAAAAAAAUUUCUUAUUACUUCUUUUAAUUCGAAAGCCCCGAAUCGCUCGAUAUCUUGAUGUGUAAAUAUUAAACGGAAAAAAAAGAAAUAUUGAAACCUAAAACGAUAGAUUCCGAGCAAAAUUCUUCAACGUUAAAUUAAAUUCUAUUUCCAUAUAAGCUAGAUUUACGCGUUAAUCAGUCUUAGUUAAGCCUUUAAACGCAAUCCUUCAUAUUUGUAAAACGUGGCAAACAUACAAAAUCGAAAUUCUCGAAGGAUCUAUACUGUUCACAGUUCACUACGUAGAUAUAUAGUUCAACUAAAAUAACAGUCUCGACAAUGAGCAAUGGCGAUUGCUCGGUAACAAAUUAUACAGUUUAGUAAUAUACGAUUGUACCAUAAUUAAUUUUCGAAUUAUGUGGUAUAAGCACUUUUUACGGGACACAGUCGAGAAAGGAUUAGGGUAAGAUUAAAUAUACAAUUUCCUCUGUUAGUCUUUUGUCGAACCCUGGAGCCAGCGAUGAACCGUGACGAAACAGAGAUGUUUGCAUGCCCCCUGCAAUCCGUAUAUUCAUUCCGUUUGUUUUUCCGUGAAAUUAGCUAAGAUUUGACGAGUGCAGAGACAGACUGUGAUCCGCUUUGGGUGUCCUUAGUCUUCGAGAGCUGUUCAACGAGUGAGACAUCGUGUUAACUAAUAAAAAAAGAAAGAAGAUGACGAGCGUGUGUGAGUGAGAGGGUGAAUGAAAGUAUGAGAGAGCUACGAGAAAUAUUGUGAACAUAUGAAAUCGUACGUAAGAAUCGAGAAAACGAUUUACAACGAGUGCAUGAUACUUAAAAGGGGAUAAGAGAAUGGAAAAUAUGAAAAUCCCCAUAUGUGUAGCUUAAGCAAAAUAAAUUAUUGGUUGAUGAUGUUAUAUUGAAAUAUUUAAGAACGAAAAACACUGUAUAUACGUAUAUAAAUAGACGCGCACAGACGCAUAUGCGGACAACGCGAUUUACACACAAUUGCAUACAUAUACACACACAUAUGACAAAUUUUAUGUAAACUGGAAGGAAUACAUACAAAGCAGACAAGGGGUAACACCACGCCUACACAUAAUGCGACAAAGAUAUACAUACCAUUAUAUAAAUAUGAACAUAAAUAUAAAUAUAUGAUGAAUAUAUAUAAAUAUAUAAAUACAAAUAAAUAUAGAUUAUUAAUAUACUCGAGCUAUGUAUAAGGAUACAAUAAAACAAAGCAAAGCUUUAAUAUUGCAAG